CCCUCCUCAUAAAAUUUAAUAUAACAAGUCGGAGAAGACUAAAAAGAGGACGGAAAAUCACGUCUUUCGGAUCCCUUCGCCCACAAUGAGAUUCCUCUGCUUACCCGGUGCCUUCGGGAGCGCCAAGAAUUUCGGCGUCCAGCUCGGGCCCUUCUCCAAGCACAUGGAGGACAGGGGCCUGGCGACGUUCGCGUUCACGCAGGGCGAGCACGAGGUCGAGCCGCCGCUAGGGUGGGAGAAUUACUUCGGGUCGCGACCGCUAUACCGGUUCAUCGACGCGGCCAAGGGCGACGCCUUCGAGGCCAUCCGCAGGGUCCGGCACAUCCCGCGAGGUCUCAGCCCAGAGGCCACGCUGCGGCUGUUCAACAGCAACGACAACAAACCCGCGGGUUUCAAGUGGCAGACCUUCCGCGAGGCACUAGACCGCUUGUUCAAGACCAUCGAUGACGACCCCGAGAUCGACGGUCUGAUCGGCUACUCGGAGGGCGCCAUGAUGGCGGCGUCCAUCUGCGCGGAAGAGGACAGGAGGUGGAAGGAGAGGGGGGUGCCAAGACGUAUUAAGUUCGCCAUAUUCUUCGCUGGCUCGCCGCCCCUAGUCUCCGAAGGCGACGGCUUCGUCGCCAAGCUCGCGGACGAGCACGGGAUCUCGAUCGGCAUCCCUACCUUCCACGUAUUCGGGUCCAACGACCCGCUCGUGUACUCGUCCGUCGCGCUGUACAACGCGUGCGACCAGGACACGGCGCAGCUGUACGACCACGGCCUAGGACAUUUGGUCCCCCGCGACGCCGACAACGUCGAGCAGCUGGGCGACACGCUCUCCGACGUCAUCACCAAGAUAAAUAAGACGCGGGAGGCGGAAGGCCGCUGCGGCGGCGGCGGCGGCGGCGGCAACAGUCGUAAGAGGGUCUCCCGGUCCUCCGGCUCCUCGGGCGCGGAGACCCCCGUCAGCGAGUUCACCGCCGACGAGUACAACACGAGCUCGUCCGCCGCCGCCUCCUCGGCCGGUUCCACGGCCGAGUCGGACCUGGACUCGCGGUCCAGCCACGGCGUCGAGACCGACGGGAUCGCGAAGAUCCAGGUGAAGUGAAGAGGAAAGGGGUACACAUACAUACUUACUUACCUACCUAUAUACCUACCUAAGAUGAAGAUUUUUUAACACCGGGAUAGGGCACGUUUUUUUGUUAAAUUGGGGGUUUCUUACAUAUUCUCGUCGACAUUUUUUUGCUUUGGAUAUUUCCGGUGAAUACUAGGUAUAUAUUCUGGGAGCUUGGUUACACGUGUCAGGAUUUAGAAAGAAAUCUCGGUGUUUUUUUUCUUGUCGACAUCCUGUCGUUCUGUUGGUUUAAUGAAGAGCUGUCACUUGAAGUAAACGGUUACCUACCUAGAUACCUAGGUAUCUACCUCCUCAGGUUUACCUAUAUUGAGUAUACAGGGACAGGGCAGAUGGUUUUAGCUUAGCUUACGAGAUGUUUCGUUCAGUCUCUUAACGUAUAUCGGAUAUACCUAGCCAUGAGCAUUUCUUAUACUGUCGAUGAAAUCGGCCUCUUCGCAUCGUGUGAACCAAGAAUCCAGCCCGAUGGGGCCAAGCUAGACACUAUUUACGAUCACCUAGGUAUAAAUCAAGGCAAAAAAAAAAAAAAAACAUGAACCACGCAAAGGAGAACCGCAUCGGUCAAGCUAUCGAGAUACUGCAAAUGUAUUCUGUAAAACACAUAAGCCCGCCACUCGUUUAGUAUCCAUAACGAUA